AAGAUGGAGCGCAGUCGUUUGAUGUUUGGGUUAGCCUUUACUAUCCUUCUAACCAUCGUCACCACACCUUCGCACUGCAAAUACCACUCAAAAACAGUCCCUGUAGACCGCCUCAAAGAGAAAGUCACGCAACUCCACUUCUACCUCUUCGACAUCCUCAGCGGCACCAAACCCAGCGCCGUGGAGAUCGCACGUCCGAACGUCACCACUGACAAGUCAGCCACCCCUUUCGGGAGCCUCUAUGCCUUCGAUGACCAUCUGCGAGAGGGCCCCGAGACCAACUCAUCGAUAGUCGGGAAUGCGAAGGGACUCUACUUGUCCGCCAGCCAAGACCCAGCUAACUUUACCAUCGUGAUGUACGCAGAUUUCGGUUUUACUACUGGUAAGUUUAAAGGGAGCUCAUUCGGCGUGUUUUCAAGGAAUCCAGUGGCUGAGUCGCCGGAGCGGGAGGUGGCUGUGGUUGGUGGGAGAGGGAAGUUUAGGCUAGCUAGAGGGUUUGCUAGGGUUAAGACUCAUUACUUCAAUGCUACAAAUGGUGAUGCCAUUUUGGAGUAUAAGGCAACCAUCAUUCACCAUUGA